AUGGAAGGAAUCCAGGUUGCUCAAUAUGUAAGUGAUUUAUCAGAUGAAGAAGUUUAUAAAGAAAGUAAUGAAAAACCUCAAAAGAAGAAAAAAAGAACAAAAUAUUGGGUCAAAGAAGCUGUGUUUGAUAAUGCUGGUGAAGCCGAAGCAUCACUUAAUAUAAUGAUUAAUUUAUUAUUAUCAAAUAAAAUUGAUAUUGUGAUAAGUAUUGGUUUAGUUAUUAUUAGUAUUUAUUUAUUAAAAAAAUUUUUAGUUCGUCAAUUUAUUGAGAUAAAGAAAAAUAACGUAACAAAUAUUAAUCAUGAUAAUGAUGAUGAUGAUGAUUAUUUAUUUCAAUUUAAUAUUGAUAAACGCUCAUUACGACCAUCUUAUGCAAGAUUUAUGCGUCGAAAAUUGCAACAAGAAUUAACUAAUGAUUCUUGUUUGUGUGUUAUUUGUUGCAAUGAUAGAAAAAAUAUUGUUUUAUUACCUUGUAGACAUUUAUGUGUAUGUGUAACAUGUAGUAAACAAUUGUGGAAUAAUACUCAAAAACAAACAUGUCCGAUUUGUAGAAGUCAAGUUGAUAAUCUACUUGAAAUAUUUGUUUAA